AGGAGCAGCCUUGGUCCCAGUACCUUGCUUUUCCCUCAGCUUGCCUCAGCAUCUCUGCUCACACACCUCCACCCACCACCAACACCACCAAGAAGAUGGCCUUCGCUGGAAAAUGGGAAACCGAGACCCAGGAGGGGUACGACGAGUUCUGCAAGCUGCUCGGUAUCCCCGAUGACGUCAUCGAGAAGGGCCGCAACUACAAGCUGAUCACGGAGGUCACCCAGAGUGGCAACGACUUUGCCUGGUGCCAGAUCUACCCCACAAACGCCACAGUCACCAACAAGUUCACCAUCGACAAGGAGUGCGACAUGGAGACCAUCGGAGGAAAGAAAUUCAAGGCCACCGUGCAAAUGGAGGGAGGCAAGCUGAGCGUGACCUUCCCCAACUACCACCACACCUCUGAGAUCGUCGGAGGCAAGCUCGUCGAGACCUCCAAAGCUGGUUCUGUCAUGCUGAAGAGAACCAGCAAGAAGCUCUAACUGCAGAUCGACCCUUGACCUCUGUAACAUUAACAACAAUGACCUCAAAACUACUACAGUGAAUAAACGGAAGAUAACAUGAA